GCGCUCUGCCCGUCGACGUCUCCGCUCCCCCAAUCUCCCCCCUCCUUCCUUUCUGUCCUUCACCACCAUCCUCGCCGCGCACACCGCGCUCGACGUUCCACACGACUCCGCACGCACACGAAGCCGCCCCCGUCUACCUACACCGCCGGCUGGUAUAAUUUCUUCUCACACCGCCUCAACACCGUCGUCGCCCCUCAUGAUGACCUCGCGACGUUUUGCGCGCGGUCUCCUUUUUCUCUCAGUGACUGCCGUUCUCCUUUCAUCGGCGCAUGCACGCCCGGCCCUUGAAGUUGCCUUUCCAACGCCCACCCUUGCCCCCCAUGCAGUAGCCCGCCAACUCUUCCCAGGUUUCCCCGCGUCGUCCAAUACUGGGACUGACACUGCGGCAGCUACAGCGUCCGCCACUGGAACUGGAACCGGGACGGGGACUGGAACUGGCACGGGGACCGGAACGGGAACAGCCACUGCAACAGGGACUGGCACCGGUACUGGUACUGGAACGGACGCCAACGGCGGCGCCUCCGUCACCUCUGGGGGGACUGACAAUGUCACCCAACCGUCUGAUACCGCGGGGCAGCCUUCGAACACUUCGGCGGGGUCAGCUACCGAUGCGAGCGCGACUGCUAGCGAUACGGCCGCGUCGAACACCUCAGCCCCAACCCCUACUCCCACCCCCACCCCAACACCUACUCCCACUGUGAGCCAGUCUCUGUCAACAAAUGCAGAGGGCGAGGCGGUCACCGUCAUGGUCACCGUGACGCCGACGGUCAGCGGCAGCUCUGCGUCCGCGUCGAACACUGCGGGCACGGACCAAUCUGGCAACAAUACCAAGCCGAGUGAGGGUAUCAGCAAAUCGACCAUCAUCGGUCUCUCCGUCGCUGGAGGAGUGGCGCUGAUUGGCAUCAUUACCUUCGUCGUUUGGAAGUUCACCCGCAAACGGUUCACCGACGACGACUUCGACAACGAGGCAAUCAAGUGGCCCGAGCUGAACACCCAUGGCGAGGAGCCCUCGCACGCGCUCCCCACCAACAGGACAGGCGGUGCGGGCUUCGAGACAUCAUCCCAGGUCAACCUCACCCGCCCCGAUUCCCGGGCGGGCAGCAUCGCCCCUUCCGCGGCUGCUUCGACUGUUGACCUCUAUGCCUCCCGUGACCCGUACGCAGUGCCCCCGCUUCCCCACCUGAACCCGAACGCCACCCAACCCUACCGCGAUGACCCAAGCGGGGCUUACUACGACAACGACCCCUACGCAACUGCUCCUGCGUCCGAAGCGAUUCCGAUGACGCAAAUCAACCGCGGACGCUCCCCUGCUCCCCAGCUCGCAUACGGGUACGUUGACGGCCGGGCGAGUCCCGGGCCGCAGCAAGCUCUCGGCGUCGACCCACGGGUAAUGAGCCCAGGACCGGGCGCGCUCUAUGGCGGUCGUGCAUCACCAGGACCCCAGGCUGGGCGUAUGUCUCCAGGGCCACAAGCGGCCUACGGA